CAUAUUUUCUUUUUGAAAAUUUGAGCUACUUUACUCAAGCGCAGCUUUCUAGAAAACCCUAGUUUAGUUUUUUUGACAAUUCAUUGUUUUUGCUUCAUUUCAUAAUUCGAAAGUUUAAUAUUCCUCGAACAUGACCACCUGAGGAAUCAUCAAGCCGUCAAAGUAAGUGUUUUGAAGAACGUAAGCACACACCAAUUGCCCAGCGGCAUUACCAAAACCUAUAAGUCUUGAAUCCAAUUGCCCAACAUUACCAAAACCAACAAUAUAUCAUGGCAAUUCGAAACAUCCGCAACAAUCUCAGGUUGGUCUCUAUUCCUCAAUCUUGUAAUUCUACUUUUCACUUUUCGUUCUUCUCUAAUACCCCACCUUCACCCAACACCCCAACUUCAAAUUCAGCUACACUCCUUUCUCCUCCACGUAUCUCAUUUGGGUGUUCAACUCUUUGUUUCCCCUAUCACCCUUUUGCGGGUUCUUCAACUCGUCGUUCUAUUGUUGAUAAUGGGCACUCGCCCUUCAAUCUCAAUUUGCACUUUCAUACGCGCGUGUAUUUUUGUACUCGUACGUGUACUCCUUACUGGAGUAGGCCUCUUGCUACUUCAGAGCAGGUUUCUCAAAUCAUUGCACUGAUUCGUGAGGAUGGGGAUGAUUUGGUAACCAAGUUGAAUAGUAUGAACGUGUCUUUGUCUGAUGAGUCAGUUGUUGACAUUUUUCAGAUAUUAGCCCGUGACAGAGUGUCAGCAUUGCAGUUCUUUGAUUGGCUUAAAGUUUCUGAUCCUGAUAUUUGUUGUGAUCCAGAUAUAGGUAGCUUGUUUGUUAAUAACUGUGGGUUAUUGUGGAAUUUUGAGGCAAUGGUUCCUGUUUUGCGUGGAUUUAACCUUAAAAGGGUGUUUUUGGGAAUAAAGGCUUUUGGUUUUUUGCUGGAUUUAGGUUUGGAUAAGACUUCUAGUAUGGAAUGUGUGAAAAAGAUUAUGGCCGUGUUCAAUGAGGUUGGUGGGGUUUAUCAAAGUUUUGGAGUUCAGUUGUUGAUAGAAAUGUUUGGUCUUUCAGGAUCGUUUGAGAUAGCUGAGUUUGUGAUAAGAACAUCAGGGAGAAAGAUGAAAAACUAUCAUGUGUUAAUGAAGAUAAUGUGUAAGAGAGGUGAUUGUAAAAGAGUACGAGAUUUGGUUGAGGAGAUGGAGAGAAGUGACUGUGAUAUGAAUGCAAGUACGUAUAAUUUGCUACUCAGUUGUCUAUGCAAGAGUGGUAAGAUCGAUGAAGCUUGGCAAGUGCUUGAAGAUAUGGAGAAAAACUAUGGUUUAACUGAUGUGCAUAGCUUUGGUAUUCUUAUUAACACAUUUUGUAAGAGACAUCAAUUUGAUUUAGUUUUGAAGCUUCUUGAUAAAAUGACUCUGAAGGGUAUUGAACCAAGUAUUUUGACUCAUGCUGCGAUAAUAAAGUCUUACUUUGAAUCAGGAAAGCACGAGGAAGCACAUGUGUAUGUGAUUGGUUCUACCGAUAAGCUUUCCUAUUCUAGCAAUGCAAAUUACAGCUUGCUUGCUACGCUUCAUUUGAAGAAUGGGAAUGUGCUGCUUGCCAGUAAGGUUCUUUCUGAGAUGAUGGACAAGGGUCUUAAACCUAAUUUUUCAGCAUACAAAAAAAUUAGGACGCAUCUCGAGAAGAAAGCUGAAAAAGAUUUGUCUAUGGAAUUAUCAAGAAGAUACUUGAGCUUGAUUGAAAAAUGAAAGAUUUUGGAUUUUACAUGAUCAGAUGCUGUAAUUCCAUUCAUGUUUGCUUAAUAGUUGCUCUACAUACUGAGCGGUUCAAUUAAUGACGUUUGCUUCUGCCAUUUUGCUGGUUUCAUCAUUGAUAAGUCUACAUUCUGCCCGUUUGCUCUACAUACUUGCUUAAAAAUGCAAAGAGAAUGCUCUUGGUUUGCCAGUUCAUUGAGAUCAAGGUCUCAAUAUUUGUGCCCCAACCCUGGACUUCCCUGUCUACACGAGCAAGCUCAGCCAGAUAUAUCAUUUGAUCCUUCUACAGGUCCAAUUGAUGCUUUUUGCCUUCUGGUCCUAGAGCCGCUCAUACUGUAACAUGAAUAUGUGUGUUUUGAUCUACACAUACAGCAUCAUAUCAAUGUAGACAUCUCAAUUGGAACUAGUAUAGAGGUGGAACCUUGGAGAGAACAGGAGCCACUAUUUAUCACUUUGAUUUCAUGUAAUAUUAAUAUCUUUUAUUUCUAUUUCAGAAUUCAGAUGGAUUAGCAGAUAUAGAUCAAAUAUAGAGAAUAAAAUUUGCAUUU